GACUCUUAAACAGGAUAAAAGAGAGGGAGGCUUGUGUGUCUUCUCCGUUAACCCUUUUUUUUAUUUAAUCUAAAAAUGGACUCUCUUGCUCUCUUUUGCACUGGAGCUCUCCUCGCCGGCGGCAUCUACUGGUUCGUUUGCAUUCUCGGCCCAGCAGAGCAGAAAGGCAAACGGGCUGUAGAUCUAUCCGGCGGCUCGAUCUCCGCCGACAAAGUUCAGGACAACUACAAGCAGUACUGGUCAUUCUUUCGCCGUCCAAAGGAGAUAGAAACCGCCGAGAAAGUCCCCGAUUUCGUCGACACAUUCUACAACUUAGUCACCGAUAUUUACGAGUGGGGAUGGGGCCAGUCCUUCCACUUUUCUCCGUCCGUCCCAGGCAAGUCCCACCGCGACGCCACGCGCCUCCAUGAAGAGAUGGCGGUCGAUCUCAUCGACGUCAAGCCUGGAGAUCGAAUCUUAGAUGUGGGAUGCGGCGUUGGUGGGCCUAUGCGUGCCAUCGCCGCCCACUCAAACGCCAAAGUUGUGGGCAUCACAAUCAACGAGUACCAGGUGAACCGCGCGCGUUUGCACAACAAGAAAGCUGGCCUAGAUUCGCUCUGCGAAGUUGUGUGUGGGAAUUUCCUACAGAUGCCAUUCCCGGAAAACAGCUUUGACGGCGCGUACUCCAUUGAAGCUACAUGCCACGCGCCGAAGCUGGAAGAUGUAUAUGCAGAGAUCUUCCGAGUAUUGAAGCCUGGAUCUCUCUACGUGUCCUAUGAAUGGGUCACAACUGACAAGUACAAGGUUAAUGAUCCUGAACACGUGGAAAUCAUUCAAGGCAUUGAAAGAGGAGAUGCCUUACCUGGGCUCAGAAGCUACACAGAUAUCGCUGAGACGGCGAGGAAAGUAGGAUUCGAUGUGGUGAAAGAGAAGGACUUGGCAAAGCCACCGGCGCAGCCAUGGUGGACGAGACUUAAAAUGGGGAGGAUCGCCUACUGGAGGAAUCACAUUCUCAUUACCAUAUUGGCUGCCUUGGGUAUAGCUCCAAAGGGAACUGUCGAUGUCCACGAGAUGCUUUUCAGAACCGCCGAUUAUCUGACCAAGGGCGGCGACACUGGGAUUUUCACUCCGAUGCAUAUGAUUCUGUGCAGAAAACCUGAGACACCAUCAAAUUCAUAAUCCAAAAAUUUCUGGUCUUCAAGGUAACAUCUGGUUAAUUAUGUUGCAGCAACUCUGUUCCUCCACACACCACCACACCCACACCCCCACCGCCACCCCACCCCCCCCCCCCCCCCCCCCCCCAGCUUGUGACCUUGGUUUCUUUCUUCUUAGGUUUUUUCACUUCUACAUCUUGAUUUUUGUUAUGAUCUUUUGUAUUUUUUGUUUUGGAAUUUAUUUAAUUGUCUUGGCUGGAUGGUUAAACUACUGUUAGAUUAUUUUCUAUUAUUAUUAAUGCGAAGAAUCUGUUCAUCGGA